CAAAAUCUAGAUCUUUCUUCUAGGCAGCAAUAGAUUACCGGUUACACGAAUUCGGACACUGGAAAACUUAUGGAUCUCCGCUCCGUCUGGCCAUACCUUCCGCUGGACUAAUCAAGGAGUGCAAACUAAAAGUGUACGAAUUCAAGCUGAAAGUCAUAGCUAAAAUUAUUCCUUGAUAUGGAUGGUACUAUUAACCCCCUUUCAGUUAAGGAUUCGUCGUCGAUGGAAUGAUGGGUCAUACGUAAACUUGACUCAUCUCUUGGGGGGCUGUCAUUUUUCGGACAAUCCACAAUGUCCAUUAGCCCGUGGGCCUUUAGUGCCAUGGACUAUAUAAAGGGCUAUGGAUCGCCUCUAUUUUGACAAUUUCGAUGUAGUUCAUCAAGCAAAACCACUCAUCCAUAAUGUCUACAACCACCAACCACCCCAAAAUCGCAAUCAUAGGCGCGGGCCCCGUAGGCCUAACCCUCGCCGCGAUACUUCACCACAAUAACAUCCCCAGCGCUAUUUUCGAGCGUGAAUCCAGCGCCACGGCCCGAUCGCAAGGUGGCAUGCUAGAUAUCCACGCCGAUGCGGGGCAGCUUGCCCUUAUCGCCGCCGGGCUUCUCCCCACAUUCAAAAAAUUCGCCCGUGUGGAAGCCGAAGCCCAACGGCUUAUUAACUUCGACGGGACUGUAGUCCUAGAUGAAAACGAAGAGCUCAAGAAUGAGCAGGGCGACAUUGAGGGUCGUGGAAGGCCUGAGAUUGAUCGUCGGGAUUUAAAGGAUUUACUUAUCGCGGCGUUGCCAAAAGAUACGGUGCGCUGGGGUAAGGGUGUCAAGGGUGUGGUUCCUGUUGAGGGGACGCAGAAGUGGAAGUUGGAUUUCCUCGACGCUGGUAAAGAAGAGGAUACUGAGGCUGGCCCGUAUGAUCUUGUUCUCGGCGCGGAUGGUGCGUGGUCGCGCGUUAGACCGCAACUUACGGGUGUGCGACCGUAUUACUCGGGUGUUAUCGCGCUUGAUCUGUGGAUUACGGCGGAGGAGCUGAAGAAGAGACCGGAUGUCUCAGCGUUUAUUGGACGGGGUUCGUGCAUGGUUUUCGGCGAGGGAAGAUUUUUGCCUCUGCAGGUUCAUGGUGACGGGAGUGCAAGGGUCUACAAUUGUGUGAAAACUGGAAAGGGAGGUGUGGAUGAGAAAGUACCAAGCGCGAGGGAGAUGCUUGGGCUUGAAGGGGAAGGAGAGGUCGAUUGGUCUGAUGCGAAAAUGAGGGAGAGAUUUGUCGAAAGGCACUUUAGCGACUUUGCGAAAGAGAUUCGUGAUGUGUCUCUUGCUAUGACGGACCAGCCGCUCCUAAGGCCGUAUUUUAUGCUCCCCGUCGGCCACCGGUGGGAGAAUCGACCCGGUCUCACGUUACUCGGAGAUGCGGCGCAUUUAAUGACGCCGUUUGCAGGAGUGGGUGUGAAUGUUGGGAUGGUAGAUGCGAAGGAACUUGCCGAGGGCAUUAUCGCGUAUGUCAAGGGAGAGGUUGAUGGCUUGGAUAAGGUGUUGAAGACGUAUGAGGAACGCAUGUUCGAGCGUGCGAAGGAGAAUGCGGAGUUGACAUCGAGGAUGAUGGAGGUUGAGUUCGGGAAAGACGGGUGCGCGAAGGUGGCACAGGUCAUGAGCGGUGAAUGGGCUCCUUGAAUAGGGAGGGUUCGAAAGG